UUGGGGAAACCCAGGCUUUAUCAAGAGCUGGAGGGACAACUGUCAGCUCUCUCUGGGGACAAGCAGCCAUGGGACUGAGGUGCGGGAUGAAGAUCACCAAGUGCCAGCUGCUGGUGACGAGCCUUUGUGUCAUGCUGCUGGGGUUGUCCAUUGCCACGCUGAGCACAGUCACCCACUAUGGGCCACAUUUCACCCUCAUCAGAGACAUCUCCCUGGAGAGCAACUCUUACAGAGUCAUCCACCACACAGCUUUCUACUUUGGGAUCUGCAUCAGCAUGACCCUGAUCCUCGCAGCCCUGCUGGGCUCUGUCGCCAUGGUGCGGGAAUCGCAGAGCCUCACUGCCAUGGGAUUUUUCUGUUUUGCUCUGGCCUUCUGCGGAUUGGUCCCAGCUGCCUGCUGGAGAUACAUGCACAGCACGGAGGUGGAAGAGAGCAUGAUGGAUGUGUACGAUUUUGUGUAUGAGGAGGUGAGGAGGAAUGCCUCCAGCUUCAGGAGGCAUGAGCUGACUGCCAUUCACAAAGCAUUCCUGUGCUGUGGGAAGCAUUCUCCAUUUGGGGACACAACCAGCGUUGAGAGCAAGACAUGCCCACCCGGCCAGGCAAACAAUGCUGGACAGGACUGUCUCCGAGAGAUCCAGUUCUUCCUGAAGAAGCACAUGGACUUUGUCACCACACUCCUGGGCAUCACCAUUGGCUUCACGGUUUAUGGAAUGAUCUUGACUUCAUUCCUCUGGUUCUCCAUCCACUUCAGCAGCAACCUGGAUAGGAAAGGAAAAUACAUUCUGCGAGAGAGAUAAACCCCCAGCUGUAGCUGAGGACUUGGGAAGAGGAAGCAGACUAAGGGCAGGCAAUUACCUACAGGGCUGGGGAACAUCAGACACGGCAGUGGUAAGAAGCCUUUUGUGCUGCUUUCCAGCUUUGAUGCCCAUGCACCACUCCAGUCCUGCUCUGCCAGCGUGAGCAUUAACUUCCCCUGAGGCUUUACAUAGGGCUUACUGCAUGCCCAUGGGUGGCCUGACCACAGCUUGCUUAUGAGUCAGGGGACCUCUCUCAGAGCCUGCUCUGAGAGCAGCAGAUGCUGUUUUCCAAGGUACUGCUCAUGCAGAAUUGCAGGUGAGCAGGGUGCAGCUUUACGCAGCAGCAAAGGAUGCUCAGUACUUCUGCAAAGCAGAUGUUUCAGUACCUGACAAAACCUGAGGAUCCCAGAGCACUUGUGCAAAGCAUGGAUUCAAGCAGUUUACUGACUCUCUAGAGGGAUUCGAUGGUAAGGAGAGUGGGAAUCGUUCGGCCUCACAGUGUGCUGGCUUGGCUCCGAAAUGUUUUGCUAUUUCCUGCCAUACUGGCUGUGCGUCAACUGCCAGUUCCACUGCCAUCGAGAUACAACUUUCUCAUGCAAUAGCCCCUUUGCUGCACAACUCUCAUGUCUGCAGCAAGCUCCGAAAGGAGAUGCCACUGAGCAAGCUGUGUAUAAGCAAGCAUUGUAGGUUAGCAAACUUGCGUGGAUCUUUGCUGCUCUGUGGUGGUGAGGAAGCCAUCUCCAGCUAAGGUAAAGCUGCAUUUCCGAGGUGCAGACAUACAGGAUAUUUUCUGAAAAAAAAGAGUUGCUAGAUAUGUAUUUUCAACAGGUGCAGAAGCAAUUAGUUUGCAAAAGCAGCUGGCUAUAAUUCUGCUCCAAAAUGACAGCCAGCAGUGGUAGAUGCUCCACACAGGAGAACUCCACCAGCACAGCUGAAGGCAGGUAAGGUCAGAAGCUGCUUUGAAUACACGGUGGCAUCACACGUGACAUGUCAUUGCAAUUCUCUCUUUGAGUAAAAUGCUGUAGUAGGGUGAAAAGCGAUUUUUCUUAACUGUGUAGUUCGUCUUCUGAGGGAGUGAGCAACCGACAGUGAGCAUCAGCCUUGUCCACUGAGAAACGUAGCAGUGGGUGGGAUGAAGGGGGAGACUGCAGGAGCGAGGAGGGGGGAACCCCAGGGCAGCCUCGGAGGCUGGUUUGCUAGAACACAGGCAGUGUGUGUUUUGCAGCUUUCAGCCUCGGCUGCCAAACCCGUGACUGGCUGCAAGCCUGACGGUGGUGAGGCUGCUCCACUGCACUCCAUGCCGAACAUCUCACCCCCACCACAAACCCAGUGCUA